AUGGUAUUCCCUUCAUUUAUACGGCUAGCUAGGAUUUCAACUAGACUACGUCAUGCAAGAACGCAUCAUUCAAAUCGUCGUCAUCAACCAUUCUUUCAAGCAUCUUUCCCUUAUUUAAACACGAGCUAUUAUUACCAGGGGUUACUGAAACGCCAUGACUGUUUCCAUAGAGCCAGGUGGUGGUCUAAGGCAGAAACUGGGUCUACCAGCCAAUCAAACCCAUUCCUUACGAUAGCAGAUGGCCAUUAUGGCGUAUAUUAUUCCAUGUACAAUCAUGAAUGUGAAAGAAAAGAACGUCAAGAGGCAUAUGAAAAGUAUACUAUGCGCUAUAUGAACGAUCAAUUGGAACAAGGUGAUAGGACAAAGUUUAAACAAUGCAUGUUUAUGAAUGCGUGCAAGCAAUAUCAUCAUCAUCGUGGCCAUUGGUCAAAGGGUCGUCAUCACAGGUGGAACCAUAGAUCGCAUAAGCAAUACAAGAGACUAUUCCAUGUUAAGCUACUUCUUUUAGGAAUUGCAGCUAAAUUUUUAAUUUCUAAAGCCAUAAAGGAUACUCAAAUUGGUUUAGAUAACUUGAAGACUGCUACAUACAGACUCACGUCAUCGUGCUACGUCAAACCAGCUGGCUAUUUUAUCCAUUCAGGCACAAGUUUUCACUCUUCAAGUAUACCAACUACACCUCAAUUGACUAUGUCUCCUAUGAACGGUGAUAUAUUCUCAAUUGGUCUUUCAAAAAGAUCCUUCACCACGAUUUCUCAGUCACACUUUCAGCAACUAUCUAAAACUACUCAAACAUCGCCAUCCACUGAUGCUAAGAAGGGAGAGGUAGACAGUGAAGAUUUCGACCACCACUUUUUGCAGACACAAAUAACAAACAUUACAAGUGCUUUUGAAAAGCAGGCUGAUAAACAAGAGCUUGAUAUCAUAUACCCACUCUAUCAAGCUGUCAAACGUAACGACUUAACCUUACCCACUGUGGAAUUAUACAACAUUAUUUUGAAAUCAAUAAUUGACAGGCCCUUGGAUGGAGAGGUCAACACAAGAGCUAUCGAACGGAAAUUGACCAACCUACUUACAGUUUACCAGGACAUUAUUUACGCAAACUUGAAGCCCAAUGGUGAAACAUACAAUUUAGUGGUGAAUGCAAUGUUGGACAAUACGAUAAGAUGUACACAGGUGCCUUGUGCAAAUUAUAUUGAGUUUAAAGAAAAUUCAGCCAAGGUAAAGGAGUUUGGCCAAAUUACAUUUGAAUUGUUGCAAUCCUCUCAAAAAUAUGUGCAGUUUGAAAGCAUAUUUGACAAGGUUGUGAAUUUAUGCAAAUUGUACCCACGCCUUUUAAGUGAACUGAUUGUGGAGUCUUUUGAACAAAUGGUAAAGCAAACAAAUUGCAAUGAAACAAGUUACUAUCUUAAUGUUCUAGAGUUUUGUGCAUAUUUGAACCGGUCACAAUCCUACAAUGAACAAGAGGCGUAUGCUAUUAUCGAUGAAACGUACAGCAAAAUUAGGACACUCAGCAAUGUUGACGAAUUCGCUGUGUACCAAUCCAUGAUGAAUGCUUUGGUCUACAACAAUCAACUUAACAAUGCUAGUCAAUUCUUGGAUAACAUUUUAAUUGAUUAUAAAGAAUCAUUGCAGUUUGCCACUCGACCAUCCAAAAGACAAGUUGGCGAUUUGAUUGCCACAUUUUUGAAAGCCUAUGCCAUCAAUACUGAUGUGGUCAAGUCUGUUGAAUUGUUGAAAAAGUUUCAUCAAGUGCCAUACCUACCUGAAUUGCCAAUUUCGUUUUACAAUUUCAUUAUUGUAAAAUUACAGGAACAACCUGACCAGUAUGACGAAAUGUGGACAUUGUAUAACCGUAUUGCUUUGAGGAAAGAUUUCCAAUCAAUGUCCACUAUAGACAUGAUGAAGGAAACUAGUGGAUUAUCGUGCCGAGAUGCCCUUCUUGGUUUUGCCAUAUGUAAGGGCGACCAUGAGAGUGUGUUUCAGUUGGUGAAGGAAAUUAUGGUGAAGGAGCACUUGAUUGGCGAUCAUCAAGUUUUACGAAUGGUUUUAGACUAUUUGAAUAAUGGAGUGAUCAAUAACAAAUCACAAGGAGAGUUUUUCAACCAAUACUAUUUGGGGUUGCUUCAUCUGUUAUUAUUAACACAAGCAAAGCAUUAUCAAACUUCGACAAACCUCAAUGACUUCGUGUCUGAGUUUGUCCAGUAUUUGUCCAUUUCUGUUCCCUGUGAAUUGGCUGAUAAUGACAUGGCUGUUGCCAGUGUAACCAACUAUAACGUACAACUACUUAUGAAUUCAACAUUACCAUUCAAAUGUGUUCAGAGCUUCGAUCUCCAGACUGAUAACCUUUAUGGGCUCAAUACCAUUGCUCGUCAAGUAUUGGUGUACUCGGGUAAAGAUGAAGAAAUAUUGAUCAAGGUUGCCGAUUUUGAAGCCCAUUUGAUUAAUCAAUUUGAAGAUCCAGCUAAUCACUAUAUCGAGUUGACUGAGGAAAUUGUUGAUUUGAAGAAGGGAUUGGAAACCCAUUUUGCUGAGAUUGUUGCCGGUUUGAGUAACUCAACGUUAGCCAUUGACAAGGCUUGCCAGUAUUUGGAAAUUUCUCGUGGAGAGGCUAAUCAAAUAGCCAAGAUUUCAUUUGAUCAAGAUUUGAGUUACUUGUUGACUAUCAAUUACCACACAGGAGCGGUAAAGUUUAUGGAUCUUUUUGAACAAGGUUUCACUUUCCAACCCAAGACUUGGAAUGCACUUCUUAACCAAAACUUUAUUAAUGAAUAUUUACCACAAAUUGAUGUUGCUUCGAUGCUAGAUCGUAUAUGGAUGACCGGUUGCAAGGAGGACAGUAAAUUAUUUUUAAUCAAUCGAUUGAUUGCUUACAAUGAUGAAACAGUGAAUCAAGCAGUUGCGGCAUUUGUGUGUCGCGAAAACAUAUUCCAUACCCAGUUGUUGACAAAUUUGUUUCAAUCGAGUGUUGGCAUGUUAAAGGUGAAUGAUUUUGAUUUGGACUUUGACUUUGAAUUGGCAUAUCUGCACAACCUGGAUGUGGGCUGGAUAGUUGUCUAUUUCGACUAUUUGAAACAGGGGAAACAAUUUGAAGAAAUGAAAAAAUAUUGUGCAAUUAUUGAAAACAAGUCACCCAAAGUACAAUUGUUGGAACUUGAAGCUGAAUUAGAGACUAAUCCACUGGGAUUCACGACGUUGUUGAAAACUUUGCCACUUGCCAAUCAUCAUGAUGAUGCUGAACUAGUUGAAUUGUUAAUCAAACAUGACCUCAAAUCGGGAGUUGAAGCUAGUAACAUUUUAAGCAGGGGCUAUCCAUCUAAUGCUCCACCAGUGGUGGAACUUUUAUCGUAUACAAAGUUUUUGGAUUCAUUACAACAACAAGGCAAAUUUGACAGCAUUGCUAGCACCGCCACCACCAAGGCAAACUUUGUUUCCCUUAACCACAUGGCUAGUUCAUUGCUUGCUAGUGGCAAUUUACAACAAAUGAAGACCAUAAUUGAAGAAAAUCCCAUUGCCAAUAACCAAGAUAAAUCGCAAUUACUGGCCAUGAUGUUGCAAAUGUUGAUUGACGCCGUGCCUCAUCAUGCCCUGGCUAAGGCAAUCAUCAAUCGGUUCAUGAUAUGGAUCAAAUUUUAUAAAUUGUUAAACAAGAAUAUGGGCAGCAACAACUCAUUGCCAGUGGAGCAUUUUUGUCAGAUUAUUACAUUGUUGAAAUUGACCAAGUCGGAGUUAUUGUCAGUCUUGACUAAUCGAAUCGUGAAUAAAGACGAUGGUGUUGUUGCCGAUAUUGUGAAUUUUUAUUUCUUGGAAGUGAGGUUGUUUAAUAAGGAGUCCAAACAACAGGUUUAUAAUUAUUUAGAGACGAAUUAA